AUGCUAAGCUACAGUUCGUUGGCUUUUAUAACUCUGUUGAGUGUGGGUGCUGUCGCAGAUGCGGUAGCAUGCUGCGUUCCUCGCAGCGAUGACUUUGUGAGCCCCUCGCUGUCUGCGCCCGAGCACCAGCAGUGUCCCGCUAACGCGCCGCUGUCCUGCUCUUCAGGCACCACGGACAGCUGCUGCUACGAAGGCACCAAUGGCCUAUUUUUAUCUACUCAAUUCUGGGACUACAACCCGGCUACUGGUCCUGAUGAUGUGUGGACCCUCCACGGCCUGUGGAGCGACAAAUGCUCGGGAGGCUACAACCAGUUCUGCCACCCGUCGUGGGCGGUCAAGAACGUUACCAGCACGUUGCUUGAUCUGGGCUACAACAAGCUGCUUGAAACAAUGCAGACGAAUUGGAAGAAUAUGAAUGGAAACGACGAGUCUCUGUGGCAACAUGAGUUUGCCAAACAUGCUACCUGUAUGUCCACUGUAAACCCGGCUUGCUAUAGCUCUAGUGCGCCCAAAUACCAGUACGUUGGUGAUUUUUUCACCUCAGCCGUAGCGCUGUGGGCGCAGCUCCCUUCUUACAAGUUCCUCACCGACGCUGGCAUUACCCCGUCGACCACACAGACUUACACUGUUCAGCAGUUCCAGGAUGCUUUGAGUGCUCACGUAGACAACAGUGAGGUGUACCUUGGCUGUGAUAGAAACAACGCAAUCACUGAGAUCUGGUACUUUUUCCACUUGAAGGGCUCUGUGGCCGACGGCACGUUUAUUCCGACCGACUCUAUCACUAGUUCGUCCUGCACGGACGGGUUCAAAUGGCUGCCCAAAACCGGCAAUGGCGGUGGAGGAGGCGGCGACGAUGACGGCUCCACUACCAGCGGUAAUUUAAAACCUUCUGGACAGCCUGGCUGCCUGAUUUCCGACGGCUCCUGGUUUACCAGUGGUACCUGUGCUACGUUCAAAGUCACCGAGACCGUAGGCGGCGUCUCGGUGUCUUCCUCCAAAGGACCCUGUGGCGUUGACGGCCAAGGGAAGUUCCAGUGCGGCUCGUCUGUCUCGUCCAGCGAUUUCACUCUGGAUGAAAACAACAACCUCGUCUACGGCGGAUCGGACGCUUGGAGUGCCAACAGCCAGCCUUCGGGCCAAUCCCGCGCCGCCGUCUACUCCGGCUCGGGCUCAAUCAACUUCCAAAUCAAUUUCGCCUCCUGA